GUUCCUAUUCCAAUUGCUGUCUGUAAGUUCGUCAAUUUUAUUUUGUGCGCUUGCCACUUUGUAAAAUUCUUUUUACACUAAUGCUCGUGUGAUACUACGUUUUUUUCCUGUAUUUUUCAUUUGAAAUACAAACAAAAAAACUGACGAAAGUCAAAUUACAAAAACUAUUCGGCAAUGUGUUAGAGAAAGACAAAUUCUGUGUGAAGAACAGCUGAAUUUUGACGUUUCAUUACCGAAAUUCAAAUAAACGAAAUUAAAAUUGAUGUAAAACAGUUUUGUAACAAUAAAAAUAAAAUUAAAGUGGCAAGACAACUACGUAUUCCAUUUAAUUGACAAAGUCCACGGUGCAGAAUAUAUAUGGAAUCAUAUGCUACCAUCAUAUAAGGACAAAUAUAAAAAGCAGCAGUUUUGGCUCGAUUUGGUGGAUGAAAUGAACUCAACGUUCACAGCAAAUGUACCAUUUCAAUGCGAUGAAGUUAGGCACAAGUGGUGCAACAUCAAGUCAUAUUUCAGUUCAGAGAAGCAGAGGAUGGACAAGGCAAAGAGAAGCGGUGCCGGCGGAGACGAAAACGUACAGACCAGCUGGAAGUUCUAUGAAGCUUUGAAAUUCCUACAACAUAUGAAUGAGCAUACACCAUCAGUGAAUAAUUUUAAUAAGUGGAGUUUGCAGAACCUGGACCCUGAUCCCAAUCCAUCGCGUAAGCUUGGGGAGCAACUGCAGCCUGCAGAAUGUUUCGAUCCAGAAGACACUAAUAGUGAUGCAACACCAAUUAAAAUCAUAUCGGAUGAGAUUGUAACUCCACCUCUGGUUACUUCGCAAAACUGUGGUCGGUUUGAUGACAAUAACAACAAUAGCACUAGAAAGUUGGUCCAUGCAACAAGAAAACGAAGAACAAAAAUUAAUAAUGAUUUGGAUGAAAACGCCUCUGCUUUAAUCGAAGCAUCACAAAAUUUAACAAAUGCCUUUCAUGUUGCAUCAAAAACAAAUAACACUGACGAAAAGGCAAACAGUUUUGGGAUAUACAUGGGUGAAGAAAUUGUAAAACUGGACCCCGACUUGCAACUCAAAGGAAGAAACAAAUGCAUGACAUUUUGA